UGCCAAUAGUGGAUUGAACUGAGAACUGAAUGGAAUUCUGUCGCCGCUUACUGUCUGUGACCAGCGGCAUUUUCGUAAUAAACUGAGCUCUACUUUCUUGUAAAUAACCGCUUAUUACUUUUGCUAGUUUAGCUGUGAAGGACCUUGCUGAACAUCGACUAUCAUUAUCUUCAGAAAGAGAAUAGUCAGACCGUCAGCCCCUCAACUGAGGCGUUCAGUAGCAGAAGAAAACAAGACAGCUUGUGAUAUACAAAGGUGGAUUAUGGAGAAAUAUAAGUUAUCGACUCAAUUUUAGGAUAAUUUCCAGUCGAGAGAAAAGUGCUCAAAUCAUCGUGAUGUUUGAAGAGUCAUAGCAAGAUAUGAAGGGAGGGUCUUCAUGUACAGUAGCCGAUAAGAGCUUAAUCUGGAGCCUCAGAAGAUUGGCAGAAGGAAAGGAAUCACCCUCCUCAAUAAGGCCCUAAUGGAGAAUGAGACCAUCUCUUCGGGCUAUGUCCCACAUUACCUUCUUCAAGGAGAUCCCUUUGCUUCCAAGCUGUCCAGGGAGGCAGACAUAGUGGCGGCGUUCUACAUCCUUAUCAUCGGUAUCUUGUCAUCCACUGGAAAUGGUUAUGUCAUAUACACAACCAUCAAACGGAAGGGCAAGUUAAAGCCACCAGAGUUCAUGACGCUGAAUCUUGCGGUGUUCGACUUUGGCAUAUCGGUCACUGGAAAGCCAUUCUUCAUAGUGUCUAGUUUUGCCCAUCGCUGGCUGUUUGGCUGGCAGGGUUGUUGCUACUACGGCUGGGCCGGCUUUUUCUUCGGAUGCGGAAGUCUCAUUACGAUGACCAUUGUCAGCUUUGACCGCUACUUGAAGAUCUGUCAUUUAAAAUAUGGUACAUGGUUCAAAAGGCGUCAUGCCUUUCUCUGUCUGGUUUUUACAUGGAUCUAUGCUGCCUUCUGGGCCACCAUGCCAUUGUUGGGUUGGGGCAACUACGCACCUGAGCCGUUUGGCACCUCCUGCACGCUGGACUGGUGGCUGGCCCAGGCCUCGGUGUCUGGCCAGAGCUUUGUUAUGUGCAUGCUCUUCUUCUGUCUCAUCUUCCCCACUGGCAUCAUCGUCUUCUCCUAUGUCAUGAUCAUCUUCAAGGUCAAAUCGUCAGCCAAAGAAGUCUCUCAUUUCGACACACGGAAUAAGAACAACCACAGCCUGGAGAUGAAGUUGACUAAGGUGGCGAUGUUGAUCUGCGCAGGGUUUUUAAUAGCUUGGAUCCCUUAUGCUGUGGUAUCAGUGGUGUCUGCUUUUGGAGAGCCUGAUUCAGUGCCUAUCCCAGCCUCUGUUGUGCCAACUUUGCUGGCCAAGUCCGCUGCUAUGUACAAUCCAAUCAUAUAUCAGGUCAUUGACUGUAAGAAGAACUGUGCAAAAGCUUCCUGCUUUCAAGCUUGGAGGAAAAAGAAGCACUACAGGGCUUCAAGGUUCUACUCCAUCUCUGCCUCCCUGAAACAGAGAGCAGCCAAUGAAGUUCCAAUUGAGAUAUGAGGAAAUGACAGGAACUCACAAUGGGCCUGUGAUAGGACACUGGGCAAUUUAUUAUUGUGCAAUUAAGACAUCAACAGGACAUUUCCUACCGCCGUCAACGUCACAUAAUCUGCAAACACAUCUCUUAAGUUGAUCUGUGUGCGUAUAAAAAAAAUAAGUGGUAAAUAGGAUUCAGUUUUGUUUUUUAUGUUUUAUUGUAUUCCAGCCUUCUCAGAACCACAAUGCUUGAACUCUAAAGUGGCUUCACUUUUCAACAAGUCUGUGUUCUGUCUAUUGUUGCUAACUGAAACCGGUCACGAUCACAUCUGUACAAGAGCAUGGUCACAGAUAAACAACAAUAUAUAGAUAUAGAUAUAUACCGUACAGACAACAUAUGUGCAUAAUUAUAUAUUUUUUUUAUCAGAUUGAAUGGACUAUGAUGCACUGAUUCAGACCACUGAAUUUCUUUUACAUUAUUAUAAGAGAUGUGGCACGAUAGUUUUGGGGCAUGUGCAAUGAUAAUUACAUCAGAAAUUUUACAUUGAAAUGUGUCCUCCAAAGAUUCAGUUCAUGGUCUUUAGAAUUUCUGUGUUUUCUUUGUUUUAUUUUUAAUCAUUUAACUCAUUUUAACAUUCUUUUUAUAUAGUAACCUUUUGCAUGUUAUCAAGCUGCAGGAAGCCCCUAAGGUUAAAAGAAAGUGAACAGUUGGUGAACAUAAGUUGUUUACAGGUACUAGUGUGGUUAAAUGUUUUCCACAAAUAUUAUAAACGUUCUGUGGAAGUUGGACAAUAAUAGAAGUUCUAACAGUUAAUAAUGAAGCAAGCUUGGUUUACAAAAAACUUAAAGGGCCAAAAUGAACGUUCACUGUAUAAUGAUGACUGAUUAGAUAGAAGCUUGUAAAUACUCAAAACAAAAUGUUAGCACAAUGAUAGCUAAUUGUUAUUAAAUGUGAAAUAGUUUACACUUAUUUUGAUGCAGAUCACUAUUUAACCUUAAUGGCAAGCAGAAAUAUUUCUGUUUCUGGAGGUUUGGUUAUGCAGUAGACAUAUUAUCAAAAUUAAAUUGUAUUUAUUUUAUUUAAAUUUUGCAAAGUGCACUCAAUAAACGUUUAUGUAUUUAAAAAACACUUGAAUACACUGUAAAACACACUGUUUAGUGAUAAAAACUAAAUAAACAAAAGCAAAAAUAUCUAUUCUUGGAAGGCAAAGUAUUUAGUCCAGAGUAAUUUUUUAGCCCUUUGAAUAAGUUAACAACAAUUUGAAAAGCUUUUAACCAUGACUGAGUACAUUAAGACAAAUAUUUUUCAGUGAGAGAAAUGACAUUUUUAUGUAUUGUAUAUUAGAUAAUUGUUUACAAAGGUUUUAAAUGAGCAGCUUUGUUAGUCUGCUCUCAUCAAUAAAGGCUUGAAUAAAGCUGAAUUUGCAAAUGCAUGGUUUGACCCUGUUGGGUUCCGGUUUGAAUGGCCAGAGAUUCCCCACUCUAUUAGUAAAUUGAACCUGAAGUGGAAAAUAUAACGAAUCCAAAGGUAAUGUUGCCUAUGAUGUUUCCUCUAGGUAGAUAGGAUACAAGUUCCUUCUCAAUCAGAUCUGACAGGUUUGUCAAUGAAUAAGGCUGAUAAACCUUACAAAAAACGUUUGAAGAAGAAAUCGCCAUUAAAUGAAAGAAUAGACUAUUCUACUAUAAAUAAUAUUUGGCUUUAUUAUCAAACCUGUAGGUUUUGACUAAUGAUCAAGGGAAGCACUUAGAACCAACCAGAAAAAUGCAUUGCCGUGUGAAUUGAUGUUAAAUGGGACAUCUUAAGUGUUCUAGAGCUAAGUGGUGAUCUGGGAGGCAAAUAAAACUGGCAGAUUGAAGACUACCAAAGAUUUGCAUAUUUCACAAACGAGAGGCACAAUGCAUCUUCUAUACUAUUUUUAGAAUUCUGCUAUUGCAAUAAAGCCUGUCACAAGUAACAAAUCAUUGUUCUGGUGCAUUCAACUUUGCAUUAGUCAGUUGAUAUACACUGUAUCCGGCCCUGAGGACAUUUUUGGCAUUUUUGUCUCCAGCAGAUGUCUUGGCAUAAAUAGUAAUCUCUUCAUCAUAGUUACAUUAAGUGAAAUUUAAUACAGGACCUUGAUUACAUGACAAAAUUCAGUGUAGACUGAAAUAGUUCAAUCUAUAUUACAGAAUAUGAUAAUAUACAGUACUGUAAGACAUUCAGUAUUUUGCUAUCUUCUGUGCAAGUGCAGAAAUCAUACCGGCUGAUCCAUUAUCAUCAUGUUCUCAUUAACAUUAUUUUUUAACCUCACUAUGGUAGAGUUUUACUUCUAAGGUAAUAAGAAAUGUGGUAAACAGGGUUUUAAUGUUUAAAUUCCACAGGCUGGAACAUUUCUCUGUUACAGUGUUGGUACUACAUUUAACUGUAAACCCGAAAAUGUUGUUAUCAGUUGAUUAUUGUAUGAUGUUAUCAGUUGAUUAUGUAUGUUACUUUAUUAGUAGAAAUUUGCUUAUUCUUCUCAUCAGUUUGCGUUUUGGAACUACAAUUGCUAUAACUUAAAAAUUCACUUUCAACAGUUGACAAAGGAUAGUUGGCUGACAAAUUCAUUUGUGUGUCAUCAGAAAAUGUAAUGUCAGUGUAUCUAUCUACAAUAAUGAUCAAAACAUUGAAUAAAGUUUAUUUAAAAGGA